UGCUCAAAGUCUAUCCAACGAAGCUUGGCUGCUGAUGAUACAGUGAGCAAUCCACCUGGUGAAGGUGUAAUUCUGAUUGGUGUGAUUCCUGCCGACGCGUAACUUAUGUUAUUGCAUCACCACUCUUCCUUGCUCUUGCCGUCUUCAAUUCAAUGAUUCAAACCCUCUAGUCCCAGGAAGACCCAACAACUCCAAAGGACAGAUAAACAUAGCCAACCACUUCUUCGCCCAUUUCUUGGUGUCAUCUGAAACCCAAAUUGACGUGAAGUGAAUUGAAUUGAAUCAUCUGACAAUUGACGAGACGAAACACCGAGAGGCCAGAGGAGACGCCAUGAAAAUCCUUCACAUUCCUUGCCUUGGAGACAACUACGCAUACCUAAUCAUCGAUGAAUCCUCCAAAGAAGCUGCUGCUGUCGAUCCCGUCGAGCCAGAAAAGGUUCUUGGAGUAGCCAAUGAGAAUGGGGUUGAUCUAAAGAUGGUUCUCACCACUCAUCAUCACUGGGAUCAUGCUGGUGGAAAUGAGAGAAUGAAGCAGUUGGUGCCUGGAAUCAAGGUUUAUGGUGGUUCAAUAGACAAUGUCAAGGGGUGUACUGAUAAACUGGAAAAUGGUGAUAAGCUGACACUAGGAGCUGAUGUCAAUAUUUUGUCACUCCAUACACCUUGCCACACCAAUGGUCAUAUAAGUUAUUACGUGACAUGCAAAGAAGAGGACCCAGCUGUGUUUACUGGGGACACAUUGUUCAUCGCUGGUUGUGGGAGAUUUUUUGAAGGCACUGCAGAACAAAUGUAUCAAUCACUUUGUGUCACAUUGGGUUCAUUACCAAAGCCAACCCGGGUUUAUUGUGGCCAUGAGUACACACUGAAAAAUCUGCAGUUUGCCUUGACGGUUGAACCAGAGAAUGCAAAGACAGCGCAGAAGCUAUCAUGGGCUCAGAAUCAGCAAAAGGGAAAUCUCCCCACUAUACCUUCAACAAUUGAGGAAGAGUUGGAGACCAAUCCUUUUAUGCGUGUUGAUCUACCAGAGCUGCGGGUACUUUCCAAAAGUGCCUUCCUUCCCAAAGCAUAACUAGAGUUGGUUGCCACUCUUCUGUUGAAACCAUUCAGGAAAUAAGGCGUCGCAAAGACCAUUGGAGGGGCUGAUGAGGAAAGGUCUGCUACCAUUGUAUCACUCUCUUCUGUAACCGCCCGUUGUGGUGUUUGCACAAAGGAAACUGGGGUGUGUGUGUGUGUGAGAGAGAGAGAGAGAGUAUCCUAUUGCAGUUUUAUACAUUUGAAGAAUGAUAAACAGUGUAAAACCAGUGUGAUCUAAGCCAUAAAGACACUACUUGUUACUAGAAACGGAGUUUACAACUUUUAUGAUCCUCUUGGUAGGUUGUCGAAUGUCAUGUUAUGGUGAAAGGUGAACGGAUGAACUCCUGGAAUAAUUAAUGCCAAGGCCUUUCUUUUUUUUUU